GCCCCUCCGAAUCCUGGUAGCGGAACGGGAGGCUCUGUUUCCGGUGGCGCGUGCGCAUUUGGUCUUUCCGGUGACGUCGAGUAACCGGGCGGAAGCGUGCCUGGUCUUGUCGGGAGAGCUGCGUGAAGACGGAGGAAAUGUCUGCCUGGCCACAGCAGCCGCCCCCCGGCUGGGCUGCCUACGGGCCUUGGGCGCUGCCCCCGCCGCUCCCUGCCUACUUCCCUCCUCCUCCUCCUCCUCCUCCACGCCCGCCAGGGGAAAUUUGCCAUUUUGGUGAAGAUUGGCAAGUGGAACGAAUUGCACAGCCAUGUUUCAGAGCUUAUCAACAAAACUGCAAGCAGAAAAAGAAGAAGAGAAAAGAACCAGAUUUCACUCAUUAUUGUGACACAUGUGAUCGUGGCUUUAAAAACCAGACAAAGUACGAGGAGCAUCUCUCACAGCACAAGCAGUGUACAGAAGACGGGUGUGGUUUUAGCGCGCAUGAAAAAUUGGUUCACAUCCACUGGAAGAAUAUUCAUUCUCCUGGAGCCAAACGAAUCAAGUUAGACACUCCAGAGGAAAUUACUAAAUGGAGGGAAGAAAGAAAAAGAAACUUCCCAACAUUGGCAAACAUUGAAAAAAAGAAAUUGCUGCAGAUGGAAAAGGAGCAGAGAGGAGAAGUGCUCAGAACGCCCCAGUUCGGAAAGAUGAAGGGAAUGUGGAAGCCCUCCCAAGGCAAGACUUUGCAGAGGCACAGAAAAGGAGAACGUUGGAGAGGUGGUUUCCAGACCACAUCUGUGCCGGGUGACGACGCUCUUCUCCUGAAUGCUGCAGGUCUGAAAGACAAUGGAAAGGAUGUGGGAGCUGAAAGAGAGCCUUCUGCAAAAUCUGAAACCUCUGGGAGAGAUGUAGAUCCCCUCAGCCUUUUGGCCACUAAUGAUCCUGAUUCAGACAAAGAAACGGGGGCUGCAGAGGAUGCUACUCCGGGCGUGAGCGUAAUUCCCAGGCAGAUAACCUCCGCUUUGAGCUCACUGGUGGCCAAUUAUGGCAGCACAUCGGAGAGUGAGGAAGAUGAAGAACCCAUCAAGAGAGCCGCAAACAUACUUAUUGAGAAUCAGACCGUUCUCAGAAGCAUCCCUCAGUCUUCCAACACCCCCUAUACCUGCAAAGCCACAGACAAUAAAGAAGCCACUCGCUGUGGAGCCGAAAAAUUGGGGAAAUCAAGUCCAUGCGCAGAUCAUAUCAGAGGUCCAAAGCGGCAGAAGAAGAGGCCUUGGGAGUUGCCAAAACGCCACCCAACACUGCUGGAAAUGCUGCUCGCAAAGGACAUACGGCAUGAAAGGAACGUGAUUUUGCAAUGCAUCUGCUACAUCAUCCGAAAUAUGCUUGGAGGUGACUCGAAGACUGUUUCAGCACGAGGGCUGGAGAUUGGACAGACUCCUGUAGAUGCAGAGGGGCUCUGCCCAGGCAGGGAUGGUGGAUCCAGUACCUAAUGUGGCUUCAACCAUCAGUCAGAACAGAAUGAAUAGGUUGGGCAGAGCAGGGAUGCAGCCCUGUCACAGACUCCUUGUGCCGCUGAAGAAGAGGCGCCGGAAACCACAGAUUCUGCUCUGGAGGAAAUGGAGUCAGCCGUGGUCAAAUCCAUGUCCCAUUUCAGAGUUGUUGCUGAAGAGGUGGCCAGAUUACUUACUAAAAGCACCUUUUUUGAUAUGAAAAUAAAUCAAUUUAUGUGCAUCUCGUAAA